AUGUACAGCGACAAAGUCUCGACAAAAACUACUUACUUGGACAUGCAAGCCUCAAAGACCGGUUUCCUCGAGAAGGAGGGUUCUCAGAUAAGCCAACAUGGCAUUUUACGUGACAUUCAAGUGACGUUUCUCGAUGGAGCCAUCGUGAUCGGAAUCAGGUCGUCAUAUCGGACGGAAUCCAGCGACCAAGUUCCCUACUGGGUAAAAGAUUAUUAUAAAGAUACGCCAGCGAAGCACCCAUUCUCCGUCAUCGCGUUGGCUGACAGGGGAGUUAGGCUCUUGCAGAACAUUCGUGUUGGACAACUCCGAAAUGUGACAAAUCGACAAACCUACACCUUACCUGCAGAAGACGCUGAGCAUGAUGAGGCAGGCGUCAAGGCUGAGAUUAGGGUUGUUAACGACAACUUCUGGAUGAAAAAGCACCAGCACCCACAAGUGGACUGGCAGGCAAAGCUUGGAAAGCCUACUGGACCCCCGAAAAACUCUUCCUUUAUCCCCACCACUCUCUCAACCCGAAACGCCAGCAGAAUCGGGCCAGAUACCUCUCAAUGGGAUCACUCUAUUUCAACAGAACGAAGGACCCGAAGACGAACUGAAAACUCUCAGACUUGUAAAUUACAGCACAUCAUCAAAAAAGCCGGGAUACGCGAUGGAAACCGUGUUUUAGAAAUCGGAUCUGGAUGGGGUUCUAUGGCUAUGACUAUCGUCCAGCAAUACCCAAAUGUGAUGGUGGACACCCUGAUAUGCUCUGUGCAACAACAGUCGCUAGCGCAGGACCACAUUGCCAAACAGAUUCAGGUGAUUACUAUACUACCUGAGGCUCGGGGUUUCCUGCCAUCCCUUACAUUCCUCCUUCAAACUCUUCAAUCUGGCUCCAAAGGACGCCUCGUUGACUCCAUUUUCAACAUUGGGCCACACUAUGUGCACACUCUGCGAGACUGGAGGCGACACUUUGAGGCCAAAUUUGAGAGCGUUAUUGUUCCCCCCCUCAGACACGAAUAUCCUGACGUGAUGGGUGUCAAGUGCGACCCAAUUAAAGCGCGAGAAGAGAUUGAGGUUUUUAGACGGAAAUAG